UAUGGUAAUUCCGGUGAAAUAGGGGUUCCCAAAGCUGCAUUAAAUCCUGGGACUAGAAGUUAGAACGCAAACCAGUUCAGAGAUCAGCGCCACCAACACUCUGCUGCGUCAUCGGGACGUCCACAAAACCACAAAGAAUGAACAUGAUGGAUAAAAGAGGGAUGUCUAACAUGAAUUAACACGUCGUGUGUGUGUAUGUGGGGGAGUGUCAGUGUGUUGUAACACGCCGGUGGUGGAGGAAGCUCUGGCUCCCGCCAGUUCAAAGCCUGAAUCAAACAUAAAAAAACGGCGAGAACUCGGAGAUACCGAUAAGAACAGAAAUAAACGCAAAUCAAUCAAAGCGACAGACAAGUCGACUGAUAAAUCCACGGACAAGAGUUUUUCCACCCCCCACCCCCCCCCGCAGGCGACUUUUCGUGAACGCGCACAGGCUCGCUCCCGCGACCUCAGCACAGGGCGAGCAUUUGAGGCUGAGACGAAUACCGGCGUUGAAGCUCCUCCACAUCUCCACCAUGAGACUGUCGGUGUUGGUUCGGGGCGCCUGUCGCGGCUUCCCCCCCCCUGCGCCGGUGAUCCGGUCCCGGUCCCGAUCCCGCUCCUCCUGGUCCCGCUCCUGGUGCUUCGGGUCCCGACUCGCAGGGGGGCUCCCGGACUCCGACUCCAGCAUCGGCGCAACCCCGCCGUGCAUCCGCGGUUCGAGUUCUACCGGGGGGGGCGGCUCGUUCGGGGGCGUGAGGAGGAGUAUGGAGGAGGAAGAGCGGCCCGUGGAGGCGACCCUCAGAGGCAUCAUCCAGAAGAGUCGAGAGGAGGUGGCCUCGCUGCAGCAGUGCCGACCCGCCCUCACACCCGUGCUGGCCAUCGUCCAGGCAGGUGAGGAUGACCGCUUCCUGGCGCUGAACAAGGAGAUGGCAGGAGAGGUGGGCCUGAACGUCCUCCAGAUCUCUUUGCCAGCGGACUGCACGGAAGAUGAGGUCACGGAUGAGGUUCUGAAGCUCAACGAGGACCCCAAGGUGCACGGCCUGGUCCUCCACCUCCCCACAGCUCUACUCAGCGGUCGAGUGCUCAACAGCAUCAGUCCGGAGAAGGAUGUUCAGGGGGUGACCGAUGUCAACUUGGGGAAACUCGUUCGGGGAGACCUGGAGGAUAGCUUCGCUCCACCCAUCGCCAGGGUCGUCAUGGAGCUUCUGGAGCAGCACGGGCUGUUGGCGGAGGGGAAAACGGCACUCAUCCUGGGGAACAGCGGAGCCCUGGAGGUGGCCCUGCAGUGUCUGAUUCAGCGAAGGGGGAUGCUGGUCCUCACCUCAGGCUGGAAGGUAGCCAGUCUGCAGAAACAGGUUCAGCAGACUGACGUGGUUGUGCUGACCAGCGAAGGACCCUUAGAGUUCCUGCCCGGUUGGCUGCGACCAGGAGCCGUCGUCAUCGAUUGUGGCUCCGCCCACUUCUCAGAGCGUUCGGACGGCCCCGUCACCCACGGCGGAGCAACGCCCAGGGUGGGCAGUGUGGACUCACUGGCGGCGGCGCUCAGGAUGCAGAACGUGGUGAGGAGUGCCUGCAGGUGGCUGCGGCAGCAGCGGUAUCGCCCAUGGAGGCUACGCAGUCUCACGCUGCAGCCACUGUCGCCUGUGCCCAGCGACAUAGAGAUUUCCCGGAGUCAGAGCCCGAAGGCCAUCGAGCUGCUGGCCAGGGAAGUGGGUCUGCUCCCGGAUGAGAUCGAGGCUCACGGGAAAACGAAGGCGAAGGUGCGACUCUCCCUACUGGACAGGCUCAAGGAGCAGCCCGACGGGAAGUACGUCCUGGUGGCCGGCAUCACGCCCACACCACUCGGAGAGGGUAAGAGCACGGUGACCGUCGGCCUGGCUCAGGCCCUCACAGCCCACCUGAAGCUGAACUCCUUCGCCUGCCUGCGACAGCCCUCCCAGGGGCCCACGUUCGGGGUCAAAGGCGGAGCAGCCGGCGGAGGGUACGCCCAGGUCAUCCCCAUGGAGGAGUUCAACCUGCACCUGACGGGGGACAUCCACGCCAUCACGGCUGCCAACAACCUGGUGGCAGCGGCCAUCGACGCCCGCGUCCUGCACGAGGCCACCCAGUCGGACAAGGCGCUCUACGGCAGGCUGGUGCCCACAGUUAAUGGCCUCAGGAAGUUCUCGCCCAUACAGACGGCCCGAUUGCGGAAGCUCGGCAUCGACAAGACGGAACCGGGUGCUCUCACGCCAGAGGAGAUCCGCUCGUUCGUCCGACUUGACAUUGACCCCUCCGGAAUCACCUGGCAGAGAGUUGUCGACACGAACGACCGCUUCUUGAGGAAGAUCACCAUCGGACAGGCCUCCACGGAAAAGGGACAGGCGCGGCAGGCCCAGUUCGACAUCGCCGUGGCCAGUGAGGUCAUGGCCAUCCUAGCUCUGACCGAUGGACUGCGGGACAUGAAGGAGAGGUUCUCGCGCAUGGUGGUGGGGAGCAGCCGGACGGGUCGGCCGGUCACCGCGCAGGACCUGGGUGUGAGCGGUGCCCUGGCCAUCCUCAUGAAAGAUGCCAUCAAACCGACGCUCAUGCAGACGCUCGAGGGCACGCCCGUCUUCGUCCACGCCGGCCCCUUCGCCAACAUCGCCCACGGCAACUCCUCGGUCCUGGCCGACAAGCUGGCCCUCAAGCUGGUUGGGGAGGAGGGCUUCGUGGUGACGGAGGCUGGCUUCGGCGCCGACAUUGGGAUGGAGAAGUUCUUCAACAUUAAGUGUCGAACUUCUGGUCUCCGGCCCAACGUCGUGGUUCUGGUGGCCACGGUGCGAGCCCUGAAGAUGCAUGGCGGUGGUCCCAAAGUGUCCGCUGGAGCUCCUCUGCCGCAGGAGUACGUGGACGAGAAUCUCCAGCUGGUGGCCGAUGGCUGCAGCAACCUGAGGAAGCAGAUCGAGAUCGCGCAGCUCUUCGGCGUUCCCGUCGUGGUUGCUGUGAACGUGUUCAGGACCGAUACGGAGGCCGAGAUCGACCUCGUGUGUCGGAUCGCGCGGGAUAGCGGGGCUUCGGACGCCGUCGCCUGCUACCACUGGUCUCGGGGGGGUCGGGGCUGCGUGGAGCUGGCGCGGGCAGUGAGGAAGGCCGCUCAACAGCCCAACCACUUCCGCUUCCUCUAUGACCUGCAGAUGCCCAUCGUGGAGAAGAUUCGAACCAUCGCCCAGAAGGUGUAUGGGGCAGAUGACGUUGAGGUCUCUCAGGAGGCCCAGGCCAAGAUAGACAACUACAAUGAACAGGGUUUCGGAAAUCUGCCCAUCUGCAUGGCAAAGACCCACCUGUCCCUGUCCCACCUGCCAGAUUGGAAAGGCGUCCCCACCGGCUUCCUGCUGCCCAUCCGCGAUGUACGCGCCAGCAUUGGGGCUGGAUUCAUCUACCCCCUGGUCGGGACGAUGAGCACCAUGCCGGGGCUGCCGACCAGACCCUGCUUCUACGACAUGGACCUGGACCCCGACACGGAGCAGAUCGCAGGGCUCUUCUGAGGGCCACCCUGCCCCCCCCAACCCCUGGGAGCCGCCAGGUUCUGGAAGAGUUUGCCGAGACGAACCAAGAAGGAUGACCCGUGCGACACCCUUUCGACACCCGUACCCCACACCUUCAACGUACCGCAAUACACCCAUUCGCAAUGCCACACCCACCAAUACCCAACCCCCACAUGCCACACCCACUCCACAGGCCACGCCCCAACAUGCCCAUUCCGAACACUACUUGACAUCCAUCGUUUUCGGCGACGCUUGUCCCUGAAAGCUUCCAGGUGUCGAAUAUAAAUGUUACAGUAAACUCAGCUAUGAGCCAAAGUGUUUACCAUAGAAUCUGCACCACUUUUCUACUCUCGCUGGUCUGAUGUGGGUUUCCAUAUGGCCUCCCCAUGUCCUUGCAAGGUAACGUGCGCUGUGUGACGCGGGGGCUGUAUAAGUGUUCUCGGUCUGAUCCGGAGUGCGUGACUGAACAGGUGAAGCUGCUUCAACCAAAGCGCCCUGCUGCCUUUUCGCAGGAAACUAAGGAAGAAUAAAGAGCUUCCGUUGACCUCGAGUCGCGUUUUUCUUGCACGGACCGCACACGGGGUCUGCCCUCUCUUUUCCAUGGGGAUCUUUGCUUUGGGGGCAGGAUGGGAGUUUCCGGUGGGAAAACACACACGCACAAUGUCUACAGCCGCUUGGCCCAAGGCAAGCCGGAG